AUGCUCUCCCAGGUCUCCAAUGUGCGCGGGAAGAAGGAGGUGUGGGUGAUUUCUUCACCGAAAGUGAAGGAGCUGGCGAGGAAGUACUACAACUGCCCCACACUUGAGGGCAUGGAGCUGGAGGACAUAGGUGAUAAAAGGGCGGUGCUGAGCCACUGGAAGGAACGCAACGCACGGGGUGAGUUGAUGGCUCCUACGUUCCCGUCUAUACAUUACUCGGCAUUGACGCUUGCGGCAUUUGAGGACAUGGGUGUGUACAAGGCUAACUACGACAUGGCGGAGCCGUCGUGGUGGGGCAACAACUCUGGUUGCGGGCUGCUGAAAAAUAAGUGCUUGACCAACGGCCGCACCGACUACCCUGAGUUGUUCUGUAAACAUAUCCGUAAUAAACAAAUGCCGACCUGCACGCAUGAUCGUCUUUAUGUGGGGGCGUGUGAGAUACGGACUUACUCAAAACCCCUUCUACCGCAGUUUCAGUACUUUGAUAACCCCACACUUGGAGGUGAUUUGGAAAUGAUGGAAUACUGUCCGCGUAUGGUGAAGCGUCGGGACACUGGGUGUACCAACGGCAAGAAUUAUGUGAUCGUUGGAAGCUUCAUUGGCCCGAACUCACGGUGCGUAAAUGGUGAGGAGCUUCUUUAUGAUUACCAAGAGAUUGGCGAUGUGUGCGUGAACACGCAGUGCAGUGGGGGUAAUCUGAGGGUGCAGUUCCUUGGCGACGACACGUGGCACGACUGCAAUGAGGGCGAGAUGGUUGCGCCGUCGGGGGGCAAAUGGAGCGGGGGGAGCAUCCGGUGCCCCAAAUAUGCCGACGUGUGCACGCCCUUCCUCAACACCAGCGCCCUCCCAAUACCAGUCGUUGCCCCGCCACUGGCGGAGAAGCCAAACCCUGCAGACACAAAUGAUGAAUCAGGCGGCACCCAUCCUAAGCCCAAUGCUUUGCCCUCAACGUAUCGGUUGCACAACACCAACCCGGAACGCAACCCAACCAACAUGCGUCGCGAUCCCGGUGCUUCGCCCUCAAUGUAUCGGUCGCACAAUACAAACCCGAAACGCAACCCAACCAGCAUGCGUGGUGAGGUUACUCCGAACCCGUAUGGGAAAAGCAGCGUUGGAGGAAACGGGAAUCGCGGAGGGAAAGAAUUCGGACUCGGUGACACUUCAGUUGUUGCUGUUGGUCUCAGUUCCCUUGCGGUUCUCGCCGUGGCCGUCGCCGUGGUGAUGGCGCCUCUUUGA